CACGGGUUGCCGUACUAGUUCAUCAUCAUCAAGAUCAUCGUCAUCAUCAUCCUCAUCAUUAUCGCCCGGUCCUUGCAGUGCUACUUUCACCGCACCGUCGUCGUCGUGUACUGCUUCCAGAAGAUCUUCCCGUAGACGGCGGCGAAAAAUAAACGAAACCGACGCGGCAUUUUUGCCCGCGAGCGAGACCAAGGAAGAUGAAGAUCCAGCAUCUAGUACUAGUCCGGCGGUGCGGCGGCCGGAUUUUGAUAAACAAAGGCCAGAUCUUCAAGCCACAGGGCUGGCAGCUGCUGCUCCCGGUAGUACCGAUCCCUCGGGCGGGAUACUGCACGAAGAUGAAGAAUUAGAGCGGCAGUGGUCACCAGUGACAGCCCUUGAGCC